AUGGAAGCGAUUCGCGAUUCGCAACUGAACUCGGUUGUGCCGUCACUGCACCUCUUGUUGUCCUCGGCAUUCUCCAUGCUUCCCCGCUCCCGCCUCUUCUUUGCUGAUGCCUCCGGUGCUUGCCCUGGUCGGUCCUUCUUCUACCGACAGCCCAUAACCGAGCGAGAUCAGAUCUUUUUCGAGGCUUUCAGAGGUUCAUGA